UUUUUUUUUUCUGCUCUCUCUUUCAUUCUCACUUUCUUCCUUUCCAUUCCUCUAUUCCUCUACACAUUUUUCAAUUUUUUCCCUCCCGAAAUCUUUUCUCUUAUUUGCAAACCUUAAUUAUUAUCGUCUGAACCCUUCCCAUCUUUUUUAAUUUGCAACAUCAUGGCCAAGCAGCCCAAUCAACUCAUGCGCGAGUACAAACUCGUUGUCGUUGGCGGAGGAGGUGUCGGCAAAUCGGCAUUGACCAUCCAAUUCAUUCAGUCACACUUUGUGGACGAGUAUGAUCCCACCAUCGAAGAUUCGUACCGCAAACAGUGCGUAAUUGACGAUGAGGUUGCUUUGCUUGAUGUCCUUGAUACUGCAGGUCAAGAAGAAUACAGUGCCAUGCGUGAGCAGUAUAUGCGUACUGGCGAAGGUUUCCUCUUGAUGUACUCUAUUACGUCACGUAACUCAUUCGAGGAAAUCUCCACUUUUUAUCAGCAGAUCCUUCGUGUGAAGGACAAGGACUUUUUCCCCGUUAUCCUUGUGGCCAAUAAGUGUGACCUAGAGCAUGAGCGUCAAGUGUCGACCCAUGAGGGUCGAGAGCUAGCUAAAACGUUCAACUCUCGGUUGAUUGAAGCCUCAGCCAAACAGAGGAUCAACGUUGAUGAAUCUUUCUACAAUCUUGUACGAGAGAUCCGUCGCUUCAAUAAGGAGACACACAGCAGUCCAUCAUCAAACGGUGGCUUUGGCUACUCUCAACAAGGACAAGGCUAUGGUAACCAGAUGGAGGACAAGGGUGAGAAAGGUUGCUGCUGCCUGAUCAUGUAAUAAAAUAUACUAGUUUCCGUUGCCAUAGUGUACCGAGUAUUGGCGAAUGCAAAUACUGGAAUAAUAUAUAAAGUAAUACUUGUUAGGAU